GAAAGAGGAGGAGCUGCCAUUUUCCCGGUAUUGUGGAAAAACUUUUAUCUGCUUGUAUACUGUGUGCUGUCUCUGUGUAAUUUAUUAGGAGCAUGGCACCCAGAAUUGUCUUUGAUGUGUCCAAGCUUAUUCGACUAGUAGAAGCACGUCCUUUAUUAUGGGACCAAUCUCUGGAGGCAAAUAAGGACCUUAUGGCGAAGGAGGAGGCCUGGACAGAGAUCUUCAGGUCCCUGUUUCUCAAUUGGUAUAGCAAGAGUGCCCGGGAGCAGGGGGCAAUAGAGGCGGCAGUUACGAAACGCUGGAGGUCACUGCGAGACAGGUUCCGCAAGGUACAUUCGAAAAAGGGAGCUAGUGGGAGAGCUGCUACUUCUAGCAGGAAGUAUAAAUACUACGACCAGUUACUGUUUCUAGCACCAGGAAGACAACUGAGAGAAGCUGAGAGUAACCUUGACCUACUGUCAGAUGAAGAGGGACACACCCCAGAGGAACAAGCUACACAGACAACCACUGAUGAUGCAUUGUUCAGUGAGGAUGAAGAACCAGGUUUAGUUUUUGGUCAGGUUGCUUCGGCUCCCCAACUAUCUAUGGGGGAAUCUAGCAACAUGGUGGAAGAUGUUGAGGUCCCAGGGCCAAGUGGCCUACAAGCCAUGAGGUCACCUCGCACUCAGGGUAGAGGCAUGUCGGCCUCAGCCAGGAGGCCAAUCCGCCGCAGGUUGAGACCGGAGCAGGAAUUAAACCAGAAAAUUAUUUCGCUGGUUCACAGGCAAAGAGCAGAGGAUGACAGUGAUGCAUUUGGGAGGACCCUAGCACAGCGGCUAAGGUCAAUGGAUAUAGCUACACGCAAUCGUUGUAUGACAUUUAUUCUGGGGUGCAUAGAUUGUUUUGAGCCACCAUUCCAGACACCUCCAGUACACACAUUAAUAGGGCAUAUUGUUGAACGCUGUACUCUAUCAAAUGGCACCCACCAGUAG